AUGCAAACUAAACUCAUAAGUGCAAGCUACUCGUCAAUCAUGAACAAACAGGAUUUGCUCAGAGAAGUCGUCGUCAAGUACAUCGACUACUUCUACCCUGUCGCAUCAGGCACAAGCGCCGUGGCCAUCGACAACAAGAUCGAGCAAGCUAUGGAUCUGGUUAAGAGCCACUUGAUGUUCGCGGUUCGCGAAGAGGUGGAAGUUCUAAAGGAACGCAUCGCAGAACUGAUGGAGAGGAUUAACCAGCUGGAAGUCGAGAACAGUUACUUGAGGGCGCACGCCAGCCAGGACACGCUGGCGCAGCUGCCGGCCGCGGGGACCAAGCCUCCGCCGCAACCGCAGGGCCCCCAGCCGCCCGUGUCG